AUGCCCGUUGCACAGCUCAGGUCACCACGGCUGGCAAAUCAGCUGGCCCGACAUGUGAAAGCGGCUCGCUCCCUUUCGACGAGCGCCGCUCUGCGCAAGGAAAUCCAGGAUGCUUACAUCCUCAGUGCUUCCAGAACGCCAACGGCCAAGUUCAACGGCUCUUUCUUGACUGUCCCUGCUCCCAAGCUGGGUGCUGCUGCCAUCAAAUCUGCGCUCGAGAAGUCCAAGGUCCCUGUCGAGAAGAUUACUGAUGUCUACAUGGGAAAUGUCCUGCAGGGCUCGGUUGGACAGGCUCCUGCGCGUCAGGCAGCCAUCUUUUCUGGCCUUCCGGAUUCCAUUGAGGCGACCACCAUCAACAAGGUCUGCGCUUCCGGCCUAAAGGCCGUUGCCAUGGCGGCGCAGAACAUCCAGAUGGGCUUAUCGGAAGCCCAAAUCGCCGGUGGCAUGGAGAACAUGUCUCAGGUUCCUCUCUACUUGCCCCGCGCCAGUGGUCUGCCUGCGUUUGGCCAUGUCAGGAUGGAGGACGGUCUGAUCAAGGAUGGUCUGACCGACGUAUACAAGCAGUUCCACAUGGGCAACUGCGCCGAGAACACCGUCAAGAAGCACAAAAUUACUCGUGAAGAGCAGGAUUCUUACGCGAUUCAGUCAUACAAGAAGGCACAAAAGGCCUGGGCAGACAAGGCCUUUGCCGACGAAAUUGUUCCCGUCACGGUGUCAGGUCGCAAGGGCGACAAAAUCAUCGACACGGACGAGGGUUUCCUUGACAUCAAGAUUGAGAAGAUUCCCACUCUCAAACCUGCCUUCGUCCGCGACGGGAGCGGCACAGUUACUGCUGCCAACGCAUCCACCCUCAACGACGGUGCUAGUGCUCUGGUUUUGGGCAGCAAGGCCGUGGCCCAGGAAUAUGGCUCCGGUUCCCGAGUGCUUGCCAGGAUCUGCAGCUACGCCGAUGCCGCCAUGGCGCCCAUUGACUUCCCCAUCGCUCCGGCCAAAGCUGUCCCUAUUGCACUCGAGAGAGCUGGCAUUACCAAGGACCGAGUCGCCGUCUGGGAGUUCAACGAAGCUUUCGCCGCCGUCAUCCUGGCCAACCAGAAAAUCCUGGGUCUCGAGGGCGCCAAGGUCAACCCUCUCGGGGGUGCCAUCUCUCUUGGUCACGCCUUGGGUAGCUCCGGUUCCCGUAUCCUGACUACCUUGCUGCACCAGCUGAAGCCUGGUGAGUAUGGUGUUGCGGCCAUCUGCAACGGCGGUGGUGCUGCUACAGCCAUGGUUGUGCAGAGAGUCGAAUCGGUGUAG